AUGAAUUAUCAUAAUCAUAUUGCUGGUCUUUAAAAUAAAGUUAAAUUAAAUAAGAUUGAACCAAAAACUUAAUCAAUUCUUAAGAAAACUAAAAAAAAUUAAAAUAACAAUACUAGAAUGGAUUUGAAUGGUAAUCUAAUUUGCUCAAAUUCAAAGAAAUAUUCCAUUAAUUUUAAAUAAAACCUAUGUUAGGUUUAUAUAGUAGAGAAUUGGAAAAAAUAUAAUAUUUUAGAAAAUAGCAUAUUAAUAUUAGAAACUGAAUAAAAAAGAAAAUGUUUGAAUAAUUGCAAUAUAUUUUGA